UAUUCAUGUUCAUUCACUAGAGAUUUAAGGAGACACGACCGUAAAUAGCGGAACUCAAAUGAAGACCUAACGGUCUCACGGCUGAUGUCUUUGAAAAAAAAAAAGAAAAGAAAACGUCCCGCUGAGCUGUAACGUUUGUUCCAGUGGAUUCGUCAGCGCAGUGUUAUUGUUUGUAUGACAAGUUUGUAUAUUUUAACCGCACAUAUAUCCAAAUGAAGCACUUAAUGUACUAUAUUAAUACAUUACAUGCACUGCUAGUGUAUUUGGGAUCAGGCUAGAUACGAAGUUGUACACUUUUACAAUGAAACCAGAAUUUUAUCUGCCGUUCUGUUGGUUUGCUGUUAGUAAAAACACUUAUUUGUCUUUUUAUUAACGUAUAAAUUGCGUCAGGGCAGUAGAAGUGUGCUGCAUAUUUACUUUGUCGUUCUGACAGGCACACAUAAAUCCGUUUUGAAAACCCCUUUAAAUUGUGACCUCAGCUCCGAGGGAGGUUUAACACGCCCCACUCUCCAAAAAGUGUGUUUCUCAUGCAUGACUGGCUCAUUUGAAUCUAGUGAGGGAGAAGACCUCCGUUCCUCUGCGUUAUUAGAGCUGAUAGUCUCUUAUCUCAGCAUCCGAGAAACGCUCCCGCUAACCGCACAUCAUUGGGAUCGUGAACGCUGACUCCCCAAUGAUAGAAGAGGGAAACCCUUUCUGCCUUUGAGGCUAUCAGGAAAAAAACGGAGACAUACCCGGAGGUUCUCCAGUAGAAGUUCGGAACGAGAGAAAAAGAGAUAGAAAGAAAGAAUAGUGUUAUUAUUGUAAUUUUUUACCCUACAGAUUAGCCAAUUUGAAACAUCAAAAAUGACUAGAAGAUCUUGUGCCAUUUACGCCACCGGGAUCGUGUGCGCUCAUUUGCUCAUUUUGGGAAUCGCCCUUCUGGUGGCUCAAGUCUUCCAAACAAUGAUUCAGGAACGGAUAAAAAAGGAGAUCACACUGGCUGAGAACAGUAGAGUAUUGGAGGGCUGGAUCAAUCCACCACCACCUGUUUACAUGCAGUAUUUCUUCUUCAAUGUUACCAACCCAGAUGAGUUUUUGGCUGGGAAGGAGAAGCCCAAAGUCACUCAAAUAGGGCCAUAUACCUACAGGGAAUAUCGACCCAGGGAAAAUGUCACUUUUCUUGAGAAUGGGACGAAAAUCUUUGCCACAAAUCCCAAGAGCUUUGUGUUUCUUCGCAACAUGUCAUCGGGAGAUCCUGAGGUUGACCGUGUGAUAACGGUUAACAUUCCAUUCAUUGCCGUGAUGAACGAGUUAAACUCCUACUCCUUCUUUCUGAGGUCUGCUGUGUCUAUGUGGAUGGGAUCCAUGGGCAUCGAGGUGUUUAUGAAUCGCACAGUCCAUGAGGUCCUGUGGGGUUUCAAAGAUCCGCUGCUGUCCAAACUCCACGCCAUGAGACCAGAAGUAGAUGAGCAUUUCGGCCUUAUGUACAAUAAAAAUGGAACCCAUGAGGGUGAAUUUGUCUUCCACACUGGAGAGAAGAACUACAUGGACUACGGCAAGAUUGACACGUGGAACGGCAUCAGUCAGAUGAACUGGUGGUCGUCUAACCAGAGCAACAUGAUCAAUGGUACCGAUGGCAGUGUCUUCCACACCUUCCUGUCCAGGAAAGAGCUCCUCUACAUCUUUGCUGCUGAUCUGUGCCGAUCCAUUCAUUUGGCUUACGUGGCUGACAAAGAGGUGAAGGGCAUCCCUGCCUUCCGCUUCGCCCCUCCUUCAGAUGUACUCGCUCCCCCAGAUGAGAACCCCAGUAACGCUGGCUUCUGCGUGCCUGCUGGGGACUGUCUAGGAAAAGGAGUCCUCAAAGUCAGCGUCUGUCGACAAGGUGCACCCAUUGUUGUGUCAUUCCCUCAUUUCUACCAAGCCGAUAAGAGGUACAUCAAUGCCAUCGACGGAAUGAACCCAAAUGAGGAAGAACACGAAACAUACCUCGACAUCAACCCGACCACAGGGGUUCCCAUUCGUGCCUGUAAGAGAGCUCAGCUCAAUGUCAUACUGAAGCGAGUCUCUGGCUUCCCCAAAACAAAAUUCCUGAAUGAGACCAUUUUCCCCAUCAUGUAUGUCAAUGAGACGGCAACUAUUGACGAUGAGUCUGCAGCCCAAAUGAGGACGCUUCUGCUGAUUGUAACAGUUAUGUCCAACUUCCCAGUCAUCAUUGUGGGACUGGGGGCCAUUUUACUUGUGGUCCUGAUCUUCCUCGUCUGCAGGAACCGCCAGAGAAAGAAUGAAGUAAAACGUAUUGAUUUUACUGAAGCUUUUCAUUCUUUUGCUACGACGAAGGAUGAAACGGCUUAUACCCAAGUGAGCAACCAAGCGGAGGAUUCGCCAGAGAACCGCACCAAUCAGCCUUUGAGGAACGGAUCUUACAUCGCCAUGUCGCCAGUAGAGGCGCAAAAGUGUUGAUGAAGAUGACUGGUGGAGUCUCGCGUAAAGACAUCACGUCUAUCUCGCUCACCCUUUUUAUAUGGUAGUUUUCACAGUGCAAUUCGUCUUCGGGGACCAGGCCCCACACGCUCACCACCGUUUGCCGAGGGUCACUUAUUUGACUCGUGUGACUUUUUUGUUUCCUUGAGCAUGGCCUUUCAAACUGCCAUAUCUUCAAUCAAAACAUGUGUAAACUCAAAGCACCCACUUCAGUUUCGAACAACCGUCUCUGGGUUUCCAGAGGCUUCUGUUGCCUAGUCCUGAGAGGCCUGAAACACACUCUCUUGCCUUUUGAAAACGCAUAUAUGCAUUGCAUGCUCACAGAGUCCAUAGUUCCUGAAGGGUCAUAAACCCUUUCAGCAUGAGAGAGCGUGAAGGGUUCGCAGCCUGUGCUCUUAAAGUGUUUCAGAUCUCUUCCCACACUACUGUAUACAGGUCUACACAGGCAGACCUUGAACUAACACAGCUCUUCAUACAUCAAACCCUUUGAUAAUGGUAUAAACUAUUAUAAGAUAAACUAUUGAUUUACCUCCUCUAAGAGUAUUAGAGAGCUAAAAGGUCUAAUAUGCUAACAAAAACUGGGUCUUAUCCAGAACUUGUGUGUGUGUCUGAUUGUACAUACCAGUAUGUGUGUGUGUAUUUCUGCAGGCAUGUCAAUGCUUGCAUGUUUUUGUCACACUGUGGUGAACUGCUCUGGUGGGUCACCGUCCACCGUUUUGCACGAUGCAGUGUGACAACAAGUGGAAACUAAUGACUUCAGCGGUCCUCUUCAUUUCAUAGUAUCUGAGUCACGUUUUUUUCUGAUGCCAGAAACAUUUCAGUGAUGAUGGCUGGUCAGACAGUCUCCUUUAAGGCAUUGUAUUACAGACAUCGUACUAGCUUUCUGACUUGAAUUUUUCUGCCUUACAAAUACUUACGAACACAAUGUGAUUCUGCUGCAUGGUAAAGGAAGGUAUAAGGUGGAACUAGACGAAAUGUCAGACAGAUAAUGGCCAAUCAGUGGCGGACUUAGAACUACGUCCAUCCCUUUUCACAGCAAAACACGUCUGUCCUGUAAUAUCGAGAGUACAACUAGUCCACCGAACCCACAGUCAAAUCAGGGGUUAAAGGUCAGCAGGUUUUUGAGGGGUUAUCGGUGAAGUUUGCACAUUUUUUCUGUGCACGUUUGGUUUAUAUUAACCCUCUGUGGCUGAACGGGACUCUAGCUCUUGAAUCACUGCUCGUGUCUGUUGAGUUUAUUUUUGUGUUGCUUUUUCUGUCCUUGAUGUUCCGAGCCUUCGCUAUUGCUAAAAAAUGACCUGAGGCCAUAUUUUAAAUCAACUUGAACAGGAUGUGAUAGCUGCACACUUUACAAAAUAUCACUAAAGAUGAAUCGUCAUAUUCGUUUCUGUUUGUCCAAAUUAAUCUUUUUGGUUGUCUGUCUGAAGUUGCCAUAACCCAUGAGUGCGGUUACACUCAUAUGUAUCAUCAGUAAAUCAUUCCCAUUUUGGUGAGGCUUGUUUGAAUGAUUGAUGUUUGUUACUUUUACUUGACGUAAACCAUCUGUUACUUAUUGCGACUGCGGUUUUCGUGGAUUGCAGUGCACACUGUUGCGUAUUUGCCUGUUCCAUGAAUUUAGCUUAUCUUAAAGAUUUAGUGCAAGGUUUAAACUGGAAACACUGUGUAUGCGCCAUGUCUUAUGCAGCUGUAUGUGAA